AUGCAGGGCUUCAACAUGGGCCGCUACGUGCCCCCCGACCUCGAAGGCACCGUCUCCGGCAACGCCCUCCACGCCAAGCUGCCGCCGGGCCGCUCCGCCGCCAAGCCCGGCGUCCAGACGGUCCGCUUCGAGAUGCCCUUCGCCAUCUGCGCCGCACCGGCGCCUACCACUCAACCCCGAUCUGGACCUUCCGCAUGCGCCACGCUGCCUGCGCGGCACCCAUCGAGAUGGCCACCGACCCCCGGAACACGGCCCUACGUCGUCGUCGCCGGCGCCGCGAAGCGCGACACGGGGCCCGCCGCCCGUGACGGCGACCUCGUCGUCAUGACCGACGAGGAGAGAGGGCCGCCCUGCGCGCCAGCGCCUUUGCGAGCCUCGAGAAGACGAUCGAGGACCGCGAGGCCCGUCGCCGCGGCGACGGACCGCAUCGACGACCUCGAGGACGUGGCGCGCCGCCAGUGGCAGGACCCCUAUGCGCGCAACCGGGCGCUGCGCCGCACGUUCCGCGUCGGCCGCCGGGAGAGGGAGCGCCAGGCGGGUGUGGACGACGGCGUGCGCGCGCGCAUCGGGUUCGACUUGGACCUGCUGCCCGCCACCGAGGCUGAUGCGACGAGGGCUGCCCUCGUCGAGUUUGGGCACCACAACGAUGACGACGCGGGGCAGCGUGCCGCAGGGCAUUGGCGAAGCCUUCUGGUCGUCAAAGCCCGCGGAGACGGCGAGAAGGAGAAGAACAAAUCAACAACAGGGCCCCCGCCGGCGGCACGGCGGCGGCGGCGACGACGCCAAAGAGCAAGCUGCUCGCUUCCCAGCGAAGAGCAGGCUUCGUGUCAGAGCUUGUCGGCAACACGCGCAUGGCCACCGAUCCCUUCCUGGUGGAGGCCAAAAUGUCGAGUUCAUCAACCAAGAUCAAAGGCCUGA